AUGGCGGAAGGCGGGGAAUACCAUGCUCCGAACACCACGGCCAACGGAAAUGGCAAUGGCGACGGCUUCGCACAGCAGAAAUCUGAGCGAUCAUCCAAUGAACAACCUCCUCUGGAGCAGGUUGAGUCGAUACUGCGGUCAAGAGCGAACACACCGAACCCUUUCAGCCGACAGCACACAAGUCUAGACCUCGACGAUUAUUUUACUGGUCCUCGAGAUAUUCUGAAGCAUUCGAAAUGGCCCAUGUUCAUGCAGAUGCAUGGCAGUAUUUUGCCCAAGAUGAUCAUACCGCUGUUCAUCCUGGGUGGUUGGGCGUCGUGUAUAACAUUGGUCACGAAACUAACUGAUGUCAACCUCAGCGUGCAGUCGGUUCUUCUCACUGUCACCGGUUUCGUCGUCAGUCUCGGUCUGAGCUUCCGGAAUUCAAGUGCCUACGAACGAUACAUGGAAGGUCGAAAGUAUUGGACUCAGCUCAUCUUGACAUCGCAAAAUCUCGGACGCGUUUUCUGGAUUCACACCAAAGAACGCCCCGACAGCAAGGCAAAGGACGUCCUGGCUAAGCUGACAGCAAUGAAUCUGCUCGUCGCAUUCGCUGUCUCUCUUAAGCAUAAGCUGCGAUUUGAGCCCUACACCGACCAUGAAGACCUCAAGAACCUCGUCAGUCAUCUGGACACUUUUGCAUACCAGGCUACCUUGGAGACACCUGAAACGGCCUUGCCUCGGAAGCACAACAAGUUGAGGGCCACUGGCGAGUACCUCGGAGUGUCUUUUGCUGCCAGCAACCCUCGAAAGGCCAUCAAGAAAGCUGUCCGGCCCCUGGGAAACCUUCCUCUCGAGAUUCUGAGUUAUCUGGCCGCCUACAUUGAUGAGAUCAUCGAGGGUGGGCAACUCACAGUUCCCAUGCAACAGACUCUGGCCUUCAACAAUCUCGCUGCCCUCAACGACGUCCUCACGGGUACUGAGCGUGUCCUCACCACUCCUUUGCCUAUCGCUUACGCCAUUGCUAUUUCGCAAAUCACAUGGGUCUACGUGUUCCUCCUCCCUUUUCAGCUUGUCGGCGUUCUCGGCUGGGUGACGAUCCCCGCAACCGUCGCGGCCGGCUACAUCAUCCUUGGCCUGCUGUUCAUCGGGCGCGAGAUCGAGAACCCUUUCGGGCAGGACGUCAACGACUUGCCAAUGGAGCUGUACUGCGCACAGAUUGCCUCGGAACUCGACAUCAUCGCCUCGAAGCCCAAGCCUGCCGCCCGCCAAUGGAUCGAGAGCCUCGACAACAAGGUGCUGUGGCCGCUGAGCCAGAGCGGCUGGAACGUGUGGAUGCACCGGGGCGAGAGCAAGCUGCGCGAGGCCCUCGUGGCCAAGACGGAGCUAGGCUACGAGGACCGCCAGCCCGCAAGCAAGGCUGGCACUGUGGCCAAGAGCGACGCGACGACUGCUGUGAACAGUGUCUGA